AGGACCUGCCGCUGCCCCGGCCCCCCAGCUGGGCCGGGGGCUCCUCAAAGGGGACCCCGCGCCAUUGUCCUGCGAGGCAGGCUGGGCCAGCCUCCCUGGCCCUGCCCUCGCGGCCAAUAAGAGGAGGCUGCCUGGACACCUGCCUAUAUACGGGGACGCGGCCAAAUCAUCGCGCGGAUCUUGGGGAGAGAGGGAAAGAGCCGGCCAGCGCCUGUCCGCCCGCCUCGGGUCAGAGAAGUGGGGACGCCUUCGCUGCGGCAGAGCUCCCGCGGAGAUGACUUCCAGCAAGAUCGAGAUGCCUGGGGGCGUGAAGGCGGACCCGGCGGCGCUGAUGGCUUCCCUGCAGCUGCUGCCCUCGCCCACCCUCAACCUGGAGAUCAAAUACACCAAGAUUUUUAUCAACAAUGAAUGGCAAAACUCAGAGAGUGGAAAGCUGUUCCCCGUGUACAACCCUGCGACAGGAGAGAAGAUUUGCGAGGUGCAAGAAGCUGACACGCCUGACACCGACAAGGCCGUGAGGGCCGCCCGCCUCGCCUUCUCACUGGGCUCCGUGUGGAGGAGGAUGGAUGCGUCGGAAAGGGGCCGCCUCCUGGACAAGCUGGCCGACCUGGUGGAGAGGGACCGAGCCCUCCUGGCCACCAUGGAGGCGCUGAACAGCGGGAAACCCUUCCUGCAGGCCUUCCACGUGGACCUGCAGGGCGUCAUCAAGACGCUGCGGUAUUACGCUGGCUGGGCGGACAAGAUCCACGGCGUGACCAUUCCAGUGGACGGAGAUUACUUCACCUUCACAAGGCACGAGCCCAUCGGCGUCUGCGGACAGAUCAUUCCCUGGAACUUCCCCCUGCUCAUGUUCGCCUGGAAGAUCGCGCCUGCCCUCUGCUGCGGCAACACCGUGGUGAUCAAGCCGGCGGAGCAGACCCCGCUCACGGCCCUGCACAUGGGAGCCCUGGUCAAGGAGGCUGGCUUUCCACCGGGUGUGAUCAAUAUUUUGCCCGGAUUUGGGCCCACGACCGGGGCAGCGAUGGCCUCCCACGUGGGCAUCGAUAAGAUUGCCUUUACAGGCUCCACCGAGGUCGGGAAGCUGAUCCAGGAAGCUGCUGGGAGGAGCAACUUGAAGAGGGUGACUCUGGAGCUGGGGGGGAAGAGCCCCAAUAUUAUAUUCGCAGACGCAGACUUGGACUACGCGGUGGAGCAGGCGCACCAAGGCGUCUUCUUCAACCAGGGGCAGUGCUGCACGGCCGGCUCGCGCAUCUACGUGGAGGAGCCCAUCUACGAGGAGUUUGUCCGGCGGAGCGUGGAGCGCGCCAAGAGGCGGGUCGUCGGGAGCCCUUUUGACCCGACCACGGAGCAGGGUCCCCAGAUUGACAAGAAGCAAUACAACAAGAUCCUGGAGCUCAUCCAGAGCGGAGUCGCCGAAGGGGCCCGGCUGGAGUGCGGCGGGAAAGCCCUCGGCCGGAAGGGCUUCUUCAUCGAGCCCACUGUCUUCUCCGACGUGACGGACGACAUGCGCAUCGCCAAGGAGGAGAUCUUCGGCCCCGUUCAAGAAAUCCUGCGCUUCAAGACCACGGACGAGGUGAUCGAAAGAGCCAACAACUCCGACUUCGGGCUGGUGGCCGCCGUCUUCACCAACGACAUCAACAAGGCCUUGACCGUCUCCUCGGCGAUGCAAGCGGGGACCGUCUGGAUCAACUGUUACAACGCCUUAAAUGCCCAGAGUCCUUUCGGAGGGUUCAAAAUGUCCGGCAACGGGAGAGAAAUGGGCGAGUGUGGACUGCGGGAAUAUUCCGAAGUGAAGACGGUGACGAUAAAGAUUCCCCAGAAGAUCUCCUAAGGAGACGGGGACCAGGCUGCCGCUGCUGCUCGACCGGGGCGCCCUACAUACCUUUCUGGGGACUGGCACUCAGGAAUUUUUAGAAAGGGACACCUAGGAUGUUUUUAAAAAUAGGAUUGCAGCCAGGUUCAUGUCUCCACCGGGUGGGGCUCCCCCCAUCGCUGGCCACAUGCCACCACCUUCAUGCAGUGCAGCAGGAGCGCCUGCCGGGGAAGCAGUCCGGCCGUGCGGGCCCGAUUCUCCGCGUGGGAGAGGGGCUGCUCCUGGCGCCCUUCUCAGCCCCAACAUCCGUGGCACACCGUCCCGAGCACUUGGCAGGCUGUCACGUGGCAGGCACCACUUCCAAAAACACAGGUCGUGGGCUUCGGAUAACGGCGCGUGGGCAAUUUACCAGGGUGUCCUAACCUCGGGGGGACUCUGAAAAAUCGCUCAGCAUUCUUCCUUUUCAAACAAGCUUCUAGUCCUCCUGAUCUUGUGGGAAACAAGCUGUGGCAGCAGGCACUGUGGGAGAGCGGCUUCCCUUGCAACUGGCAGAGGCAACCUGUCCGGGGGCCACCUUCCCACAGAAGUCACUGCCCCGGGGGGUACUGAGCAGUGUUGGCGGGGGCCCCAUCCUUGAAAUGGGCGGCUUCCCUCGUACACCUGCAUCUUGCGCAGCAGCCAUUUCAAACCGAAAGCAGGGAAAAACCUGCUUGGAAAAACCUCAGUCCCUUGGAACAGGUGGGGCCGCAGGAGGCAGUCGGGGGACCAGCAGUCCUUCCACAGGAGGUCCUGCAAGCUGCCAGCAGCCGCUUCCUGGCCCAGAACGAUCUUGCCACAGGCACUGCCACUGCCGCCCCUUUCCCCAUCUUUCCUCCGUGGCAUUCGCGGCGGAGUCAGAGCGAGCACCCUUCACUGUGUUGUCCUCACAACAGUCCUGUGCGGUAGGUUAGGAGAGAAAGGUGGCCUCAUCCAGUCGCCUCUUGCAGCUUGCUGACCGCGAGACUGCCCCGUGUCCUCCGCAGUCCCUGGAGCUGCCCUCCUGCCCCGGCUGGCGUAGCGCACACGGUCGCCUCUCCUCCCGAGCCACCUCGCCUCUCGUGCAGCCAGCGCUGAGCUUAAAGUCGGGGUUCCCGUUCCCCAAAUGAGCAGAGGCCUCGGGAAUCACUCGGUCAACUCGCAGGUGCUUCGCUUCCCAGUCAAGUAUCCCGUUGGAACAUCCGACGUUGGACAAAACCCUGCCUGGAUCGGAGGGAGCAAAUGGGAAAUGAUGACCAGUUGCAACACAGAAAUCUCAGCAAUUUUUGGACACGAUUCACUGGGAGUUGCGCCAGAGCACAGAACGUCCCGAGGGUUCUGUGCAGAGGCACUGGAAGCCCAAAUGUAAAAGUUGCAUUUUUGAGCAGUUGGUUGUGGGGUUUGUUUGGAUUGUUGAAGGACAGCUGUGUGUACUCAGCUGUCCGUGUUUGUUACAGUUGUUUUGUUUUGUUUUAAGGAUCUCCCAAAAUGACUCUCUCUGUGUCAAAAACACUGAACUCAGAAGUCAGAGAGCAUCACUCCACCUGUGGGCGGAAGGGAUGAGGGCUGUGGGGUCCGGGUGCCGGUGAGUCCGCGAGUGCCUUAUACGCAUCUCCGCCGUCACACUGGGGCGGGGGGGGGGCUGCUCCCAGGUAAGCCGGGAAAUUGCUUUGCCUAGAGGCUCAGGGGCCUGCAGGACAGGCGAGCCGGGCUCGGUGGCCGGGGUGCCCUCUGCAGAGCUCAGCACGGGGCAGCCUGGGCCUCCCCCAUGGCCGGCCCACAGCGGCUUGGUGCUUGAGGCACGGAAUCAGGAUGCCUCCUCUGUGCUAAAGAACAGGGCACAAUCCAUGGGAAGUUCUUCUGCGGAAGCCCCCCUGGAAGGAAUGGGAAGCACUGCUGCGGCCUUGCAGACCUCCCAUUCGCUUCACCGGGGCCGUGCGGGAACAAGUCCUGCUGGAUCGUUCCCCUUCAGCCGGCCCUCCCCUGCCCCAUCGUAGGCGCUUCCCGUGGUCCGCUCGCUCCAUCAUGUAGCCUCCCCUCCUGGCGCAGCCCUCCUUGCUUCCCAGGCCCAAGUCUGAUGCUCGAUCAGCCCGAUUUGUCUGCACUCUGUUGGCUCCAUGCGAAACCCCUGCAACUUUCUUCUGCCUAUGGCCCAACUCCUGCCGAAAGCCAGCCGCAAAGGUCCCUGCGCUUGCUACGUGAAUGUCGUGUGUUCUGGCUGCCAGAGUUCCAUGUUCUUUUCUUGAAAAUGCUUUCAGAAACGAGGGUUUUUGUUGCCUCCGGUAAUCACUGCAAAAAAGGGUUUUCUUUUCCCUUUUCUGCUACAUUCCUUUUAAAGAAACCUGUGCUAGCAAUCCACAUUUAUACCGUGUACUCCUCUGUAUUACGUGUGUGUGGUGUCCGUGUUUGUGUGUUAUUCAAAUAAAUCUGGUAACAGUUGAAGUUGCCCUUUUUCUCAGCA